ACAAUAAAAAAUGGUUUUCAGGUGCCAGUAUCUGUGUGCAGUCACAGUUGUCCCCCAGGCACAAGGAAGGCUGUGCAGAAAGGAAGACCAAUCUGCUGCUUUGACUGUAUACCAUGUGCAGAGGGGGAAAUCAGUAAUAUAACAGAUUCUAUUACUUGCAUCAAGUGCCCUCCUGAUCUGUGGUCUAAUAACAAGAAAACUAUCUGUGUCUUAAAGCUGGUGGAAUUCCUGUCAUUUGCAGAAAUAAUGGGAAUCAUUCUUGUAUCAUUUUCUUUGUUAGGGGUAUCUUUCACCAUCUGCAUUGCAGUAAUUUUCUUUAAACACAAGGACACACCAAUUGUUAGAGCAAAUAAUUCUGAACUGAGCUUCUUGCUGCUUUUUUCACUAACUCUCUGUUUCCUCUGUUCACUUACUUUUAUUGGUGAGCCCUCAGAGUGGUCCUGUAUGCUGCGCCACACAGCAUUUGGGAUCACCUUUGUUCUCUGUAUCUCCUGCCUUUUGGGGAAAACCAUAGUUGUGUUAAUGGCCUUCAGGGCUACACUUCCAGGUAGUGAUGUCAUGAAAUGGUUUGGGCCUCAACAGCAGAGACUGAGUGUUCUCGCCUUGACUCUUGUACAAGUCAUUAUUUGUGCACUUUGGUUAAAAAUAUCCCCUCCUUUUCCAUACAAUAAUAUGAACUACUACAAUGAAAAGAUUAUAUUAGAAUGUAAUGUAAGCUCAGCUGUAGGUUUUUGGGCCGUGCUGGGUUAUAUAGGACUCCUGGCUCUUUUGUGUUUUAUUUUGGCUUUUCUGGCCCGGAAGUUGCCUGACAAUUUCAAUGAAGCCAAAUUCAUCACAUUCAGCAUGCUCAUAUUCUGUGCAGUUUGGAUCACCUUUAUUCCUGCUUAUGUCAGCUCUCCUGGAAAAUUCACUGUAGCUGUAGAGAUAUUUGCCAUUUUAGCUUCAAGCUUUGGCUUACUAAUCUGCAUAUUUGUUCCAAAGUGUUAUAUAAUCAUACUGAAACCAGGUAAAAAUACUAAAAAGCAAAUGAUGGGUAAAGCACCUGCUAAAUGA